GGUGAGCAUUGGUAACAUCAGUUAAAGUGCCACUGAUUUCCCCUAGUAGAUCACAUUUUAAUGUAGUAGCGUUAGGAUUACGUGUAGAGGGGGAUAUCAUCUCGCCCGCAUACCUGCUCUACUUGGCUGUGGUUGAAUGGACACGUCACUAAGAAUCUGAGCUCAUGCUGGGAGUUGGAUUGCAGGUUUCCCGAGAGCUGAUCACUGUGAGCCAAGUCUUGGAGUGGCCGGCGUAAUCUUGGAGCGCUUCCGAUAUGCAAUGACAUUUGGAUUUCCAUUUGGAACCUAGUUGUACACGGAAGUAGGAAGAUAUGAGCCCAGUUCGGCAUAGCUCUAAGUCUGGUGCCUAUACAGAUGUAACAUGGAGACGGAGCUCUUCUUCACCAGAUCCGGUGGAUGGCCACCCUCCUUGGAAGAAGGUCCUCUAUGAAAGACAGCCAUUCCCCGACAAUUACGUUGAUAAAAGUUUCCUGGAAGAGCUAAGGAAGAAUAUCUAUGUCCGACGCUACAGCUACUGGGCUGUGGUGUUUGAAUCUGUGGUUGUAAUCCACCAGCUAUGUAGUGUCUGUUCUUUUUCAGUGAUUUGGUGGUAUAUGGACCAGGACUUGUUGUCCCCUCAGAAGCUAUGUGGGGUUGGGUUGGCCUUCACACUCCUUGGCUAUCUCAUAUUUGAUGCAGUGGACAAAGGAGCUGGGCGGAAGGACAAUGGACGGACUCGCUGGUAUGAUCUGAAGAGUUCCUUGGUGUUUGUAGCUUUCACUUAUGGUUUCUCUCCAGUGCUGAAAACAUUGACCGAGUCCAUCAGCACAGAUACCAUCUAUGCCAUGUCUGUGCUCAUGCUCAUAGGACAUCUCGUCUUCUUCGAUUAUGGAGCCAAUGCAGCAGUGGUCUCUAACACAUUGUCCAUUAAUAUGGCCAUUUUUGCUUCCGUUUGUUUGGCCUCGCGCCUUCCUCGCUCACUGCAUGCAUUUACUAUGGUGACUUUUGCCAUCCAGAUUUUUGCCCUUUGGCCAAGCCUGCAGAGGAAGCUAAGAGCUUACACUCCGCGGACUUACACGUGCGUCACAUUUCUCUUUGCUGUGUUUUCUGUGACAGGGCUGCUAAGUAUAUCUAGUGUUGGAGCCCUGCUUUUCUUCUCGCUGCUUGGAUCUGUGACAUUCCUGUGCCCCUACAUCCUCAUCCGACUACAGCUGUUCAAAGAUAACAUCCACGGGCCUUGGGAUGAGGCAGAAAUCAAGGAAGACCUUUCCCGCUUUCUUGACUAAAACGUUUUAACAUGCAACUUUUAUUGUAUUUUAAUGUUAAAUUAUGUUUUAAAGUAACAAAUGAGAAUGUAUCUUAUCAGAAGAGUAAUAAAAUCAUAUUGGUCUUUUUUUACCUACUGCUGGCUUUCAAUACAUAAAUAUUGCCACUAGAGGGAACCAUUUCCUCACUUCAUUCUGUAUUUUAUUCACAAUGAAAAAGGUAAAUAAAAGUGGCUGUGUUGUCAAUUUAAA